GCGACGUGCGUCGACGUCUCCGCCCCGCUCGGGACGUCGUACGUGCGAGACAUCGAGACGUUCGAGCGCGAACGGAGGGAGAUCGGGCGUCGAACGACGUACCCGGUGCGGUUCGCGCGAAACGCACGCGGGGACGUCGUCUUCGACCGCGCGUUCAACGUCGACGCGCUCGCGACGAGUCGAGGCGGCGGACGCGACGUCGUGCGAGAGAUCGAGUGGGACAUCGAUGACCCGAACGUGUUAAAGUUGACCACAUCCGACGGGACGCGGGUGUUUUAUAAAAUCACCGCGCGCUCGAGCGCGCGGGACGACGACGCGCGGACGAUGACGACGAGCGAACUCGCGGAGAUCGUCCUCGAUCGCAAUCGCUCGGGGUCGCCGAGCGUGAAAUCGACGCGCGUGGUGACAAAGUACAAGUGGCGCGACGUCGACGACGCGCGCGAGGGACCGGCGAUCGUGGCGUCGCAAACCGUGUACGAGUACCUCUCGCCGGUGGGCGACGCCGGGACGGCGUCGCGCGACGACGCCGACGCCGCGUUCAUUCGCGCUCGCGGUCGAGCGGUCUCACAAAGCGUCCAUCGCAUCGCGAUGAUUCGAUAUCCCGAUCGUUAA